AUGCCUAAAUCAGAGUCUAGUUAUUACGCUGUUAGAGUCGGUUAUAAGCCCGGAAUUUACUCUACCUGGGAAGAAUGUAAAAAACAGGUAAAUAAAUUCCCGGGUUGCAGGUAUAAAAAAUUUUCAAAGCUAUCAGAGGCACAAGCCUUUAUUGCAGGUGCAAAACCAACAGGAACACGAAGUGAGCUCAAGCCAGAACCCACGAUUAUAGACAGAAGUUCUGAAGAUGUUUCAUUAACUUCUACGUCAAUGAUUAAAGUGUGGACGGACGGCUGUUCACUAAGCAACGGCAAAGACGGUGCUCGAGCUGGCGUAGGUGUAUAUUGGGGCGCUGGUGAUCCGAAGCUGCCAGGCCCAAGGCAAACAAAUAAUAGGGCCGAAGUGAUGGCGAUUAUCCGUGCCCUAGAGACGUCCUACAACUCUUGGAUACCGAAUUGGGAGAAAAACGGUUGGAAAACGAGCACAAAUAAAGAUGUGGAGAAUAAGGAUUUGUUU